CUCCUGCAUCAACCCCUUCACUCCCAAUGAGGUCACUGCGAUGAGAGAGAAGCAGAUCCAGAGCGAGGGGGAAGGAGAGGACGAGGAGGAGGGAGAAGCAGCCCAGACUGGGAAAGGCCAUCAGACAAGGUCGCCUUUUCUGGCCGCACAGCCACUGCGAGGCACGUGGUGCUGAAUCUCCUCCGCCCGCUCAGCCUGGGGAACCCGGGACUGGGACUGGCAGGAGCACUUGGUGUUACCGCGAAAACAAAGGCGAGGAGAGGGGCGGGCGGGCAAGGGAGAGAGAGAGGCUCCGAGCAGUUUGGCUCUGCAUCUCCGGGAAGCAAAGCUCAUCUCCUUGGCAAGAAAGGGAAGGGGAGCCCGGCCGUCUGGAGGCGAAGGAGGGAGCAGGCUUCCCUGCGGAGACCAGGACGCGGCAGAACUCUGGACAGCGCCUAGCCAGCGGCACUGGGAGCUCCCGGCGGCUCCUUUUUGGAAAAACCCUGCGACCUGUUUCCUCUCCCCUCCUGGACUCCGACCACGGAUCGGAUCCUUCCUUCUGCUAUCCCUGUCCGAACGGCCGGGAGUGGAGCGGCGGUCUUGCCUCUGGCCCGGUCAAGGAAGCGGGUCUCCGGUCCUGGACAUCCAGUCCUUGUGGAUAGUGCUCCGCUGGUGAAGAAGGAAAAGUUUUGGGGUCUGGUAGGGGGAGGAAGGGGGAGGGAGUAGUGGAAGAAAGAAGGUGGAUGGUCGGUUUCCCACGCUGAGCUGGAAGGAAUGAUGACCGAGGAAGGAUGUGCACCAGCGGCCAGAUUAUUGGGAGCCUCUUGGUGCUCUCCGUGCUGGAGAUAGGGCUGGGGGUGUCCAGCGUGGCCGUGGGGGCGGUCAGCUUCAGCCUGGCCCUCCGACAGCACAAGCCGCAGCUCGGAGACUCGUCCCCGGUAUGGAGCGGGGUGUGUUUUCUUCUUUGUGGCAUAUGUGGAAUAUUGUGCGCCAAAAAAAAGUCUGGACUUAUCAUGAUCCUCUUUUCCGCCUGCUGCAUCUGUGGCCUCAUCGGGGGCAUCCUGAACUUUCAGUUCCUUCGGGCUGUGACGAGGAAGACCUCUCCCCUCUACCCCCUGCAUCUGGCCUCCAUGUCCCUUGCGUGCAUUGGGAUUGGGGGCUGCACCCUCUCUUCAUGGCUCACUUGUCGCCUGGCCAGCUAUGAACAGAGGAGGAUGUUCUCGGAGAGGGAGCAUUCCCUGCAUCACUCCCAUGAGAUGGCUGAGAAAAGAUUGAGGGCUAUUGAAAUAACCGACUUGCCCAGCUGCCCGGUGGUGCCCCCGACACCAGAGUUACCUACAAGGAAAUGACAGACAACAUGAGCAAUGGAGGACCACCUCUGAUAUUUAACGGAAGAGUAUAAUUAAUGUUUUAAAGAGCUGAACAUUUUUUAGGAUUUUCACGAGGCAAGGAAAUACCAAAGGACUAGGAGAUGAAACUGAAACAGUUCUUGCAUUUGCUGUUAUCUCUCCCUGGCACCCACUACAAUUAUUAUUUCUCUAUUUUGCCUCACUUGUGUCUUCAGCUUUUUUUAUUAGGUGAAAACUUUCCAGAAAUGUUCUAGGACAGUAAUUUCAACACUUUCCAGAUGGUUCUAAAAAAGUCUUUUCGGGAGGGAAAAAAGAGGAAAAGAUGAAACUGAAAGAUUCCUCUUCUAUACAAACAUUAUUUGACUAGCAUGUUAGAUUUGUUAUCACUUAUUUCGUAUAAGUAUUCAAAAAGUACAAGUAUCAAAAAUAACAGUAACUUGUUGAUGUCUUUGUUUUGAAAGACGGUGGCUUCAAGAAAGCCAUGAUUCAAAACCUCAGCAAUGCCUUGUUGUAAACACAUUGUAAUUAUUUUCAACUUGUGAAUGUACUAUAUUUCAUAAUUUAUUUGUAAAUGACAAAAUAACGUAAACCAUAAAAAAAGAUUUUUUUUAGAGAGAGAACACUAAUCUGUAUGAUAUUUUUGCAUUUUUGCACAAGAGUGAAAAGUUGUAAAUGAAUAAAUAUCAUUUAAGGCAAAUAAACAUGUAUUGAUCAUACUGUGCAGAUUGAUCUGCAUGUUCAUGAAUGAGCCUAAGAAUAAAACAAACUGUGUGUGUGUGCGUAUAUACUGUAUACUGUAAAUAUUGAAAAUAUAUACAGCACAUAUGUAUAGCAUCAUGAAUGUAAGUAGGUAGUAGAAAAGAAAUUGUAAUAUUGUGGGGUGUUAUCAAGAUUCCAUUCCCACAGAGAUGAGAAAGCAAUUGUUCAAGGCUUUUCUAUACCCCCAAAUCACAUUUUAAUUUCUACUUAAUUUGUUCAUUUUCAUUCUUUUUAUUAUGUCUGCUGUAAAAAUUAUUGCGGUUGAGAUUUAUAGAGUUGAGUGAUCUGAACAGUGUAAUAUAAAGAUAAAUUAUUAGUUAUUUGGCUAUUUUAUUAUUAUUAUUAUUAUGGUAUUUAUGUAAUGACAAUUAUUAAUACUGAUUUAUAAGCAUAACUUUAAAUUAUGUACUUCCACAUAAUUACUGUUGAUUAUUCAUGAUAUUUACAUUUUAAACAUUCUACAGCCCAAUUAAAUUAUAUGAAAGGAUGGGAGAAGUAUGCCCAAAUGAUGAAGUUACAAUUAGCUUUGCUAUAAUUUAAUUUAGUAUUUUGUUUGCUUUAUAAUUCCAGAAUAAUACAGACAAAUCUUUUUUAAGAAUGCAUAUAUACAAAGAACCUGAAAGACUUCUCUGUAGAAGAAAAUAAGAGGAUAGGCUCACAUUUACAUAGCAAGAUUCAAUAUUUCCAUGAUGGAAUGUUAAAAUAGCAACCUGAGACAAUAUGUAUAGGCAAGAAAAUAGCAUGGUUUUUGAAAAUAUUUAUGAGAACAUAACCUCUGGCAGCAGAUAAAGAACUCAUAUUUUAAAAUAUAAAACUCUCACUGUAUUGCAUACUUUUAUUUUCCCCAAAGCUAAUACAUUUUCAACUGAUUUUUUAAUGACUUGCCUACUGAACCCUAGGUAAAUUAACACCUUUAAUAUCUAGUAUGAGAACAUAUUAUAAAUUAAAAGCAAAAUAUGGGUUUUAAUUGUGCUAAGAAAAUAAUAAUUCCAGCUAAUGGAAAUCUGAGGGUCUUUUAGUUUUAGAGCAACAUAAUUAUGACCUACCAUAUUUAAAUCAGCUCAUUAAAAAUGUCUGGCUGUAUCCAGUCAAAAGAAAUAACUGGACUAUGGUUGUUCAGUGUAGUUUUUGAAGUCUCCCAACUCAUUUGGAUAACUUCAUUAUCCAGUAGAUUAUAGAAGUUGCCAUAAAUGCAACCUCAGAUAGUGAAUCAACAUUAGCACUGUUCAUUGGAUGCCACAAGCAGGCAUGAUCUUUGUUUCUGGAAAUCUAAACUAUACAAUGCAGAUAUUUUGUGUGAAUGUGGUCCUACUGAAUUUAUCCAAGGAUGCAGUCUUGUACUGAAAGAAUAAUCACCAACUCAACUUUAGGUUACAUUUCUUCAUAGACAUGUUUGCACAAUACGCAGUUAUAAUACAUCAGUAAGAUCUUUUCUUGCCUUUGAAAUAAUUUAUGAAAUCACACUUAAAGGACAAAAGUAGGCAUCCCACUGCUUUGACAUAGAGUUAAGAAGAAAUACAAUCAUCACAAUUUUCCAAAUAGUCUACAGUGUAUUUAACCAAGUAGAGCUAUAUCUUUAAAUGUAAGUUAUUUUAACCCAACAUUUUCAGGGCUCAGUUUCUUAGAGUGAUAUAUUUGGGACGUGUAGUCAUUCUUUUUGAGAUAGAUAGGGGAAAUUAGGAAGACAUUGUUGCAGUACUUGAAAAUUUAAUUUUCACAAUACAAUGAACUAUGAACUAGAGUAUUUUUAAGUGACCGCAUUACAGCUUUACUAUGAGCCUACCCUUGGGAAAAAGUAAUGUGAUCCUAAAAUAGAAAAAGAAUAUGUGAAACUGGUGUGGUGGUGUAGAGACUAGCUGCAAAAGGUGCAGUUAUUAUAAGCAUAGAAGAUUAAAAGUGGACUCAUCUUGAAAUUUUUUAACCAUAUAUGUGUGUGUAUGUACACACCUACACACAAAUAUAUACAAUUGUUUAAAAGUAGAAUAUGGUAUGAUGACUCUAUUGAUAUGUCUA